GCCUAUUCAACGAAAAAUCCAAACAACAACAGAGGCAACAAAUCUAAAAGCAUUAUCUGGGUUUGCUAUCGUCUUACCAUUAAUGACUGUUCAACCCGAUCUUCAUGCUGAUGGUGAUGAUGAACGAAAAACAAAACAAACCCUGCAAUAGAGAAUAUCCCAAGGACAGCCCAGAUCCAACAUAAAGACCUCCUUCGAACCGGGCGCCGGUAAUCGGCCGCCCGCCGCCGCAUCUUUUGCCGAUUCCUUCCAGUAUUCACCACCAAAUCAAGAAAUCAAAAUGACCCAUCACUCAGAUUGGAUCAAACAAGUAUUGAAGAGGGAAAUGAUGGAGUCUCUCACCGACAAACCAAGAAUUCAAAACGACCCAUCAUUCAGAUUGGAUCAAGGAAGCACUGAAGAUGGAAAUAAUGGAGUCUCUGACCACCAAAUCAACAAAUUCGAACCGACCCAUCACUCAGAUUUGAACAUGAAAGUAGUGGAACAAAAAAGGCCCCCAUCAUCAACCUUCCUAGAAGUAACAGGUCUCAACUUCAUCAGGUUAUAUCUCAGUUGGGAAUUGAAUGUGCAAUAUACUUAUAUCGACUUUGGAUGGAUGAUUUCGAAUGUGAAGAGAAAGAGCUCACACACAUGAGCGUCACAGCUUUAGUGGGGAGGGAAAUGUCAC